AUGACGAGUGGUGUAUCUACUCUGGUUAAUCUUGAUCUGACAUUAAAUAGAGACUUGGGUGGUUGUGCAGAGAUGUGGGCUCGGCAUUUGAAGGGAAUGAGACACCUUGAGGAGGUGAACUUGGCUUAUUGUGCAUUGAUAGACAAAGAUGUUGAGCCCAUUGCUGUGGCACUGAGUGACAUUCAAACUCUGGUUCAUCUGAACCUCAUGGGUAAUACUGCAUUGGGUGGCUGUGCAUCAUUGUGGGCUCUGCAUUUGAAGAGAAUGAACCACCUGAAGGAACUGUUAUUGGGAGGGUGCAAUCUGACAGAUGUUGAUAUGAAGCCCAUUGCUGAGUCAGUGAGUGACAUGCCCAACCUGAGUCAUCUAGAUCUGACAUGUAAUGAUGCAUUGGGUAGCUGUGCACCAUUGUGGGCUCUGCAUUUGAAGAGAAUGAACCACCUGAAGAAACUGACAUUGGUAAUGUGCAAUCUGGUAGAUGAUGAUAUGGAGCAUAUUGCUGAGUCAGUGAGUGACAUGCCCAACCUGAGUCAUCUAGAUCUGACAUGUAAUACUGCAUUGGGUGGCUGUGCAUCAUUGUGGGCUCUGCAUUUGAAGAGAAUGAACCACCUGAAGAAACUGACAUUGGUAUUGUGCAAUCUGGUAGAUGAUGAUAUGGAGCCCAUUGCUGAGUCAGUGAGUGACAUGCCCAACCUGAUUCAUCUAGAUCUGACAUGUAAUGAUGCAUUGGGUGGCUGUGCAUCAUUGUGGGCUCUGCAUUUGAAGAGAAUGAACCACCUGAAGAACCUAAUAUUAGCAAGGUGCUUUCUGACAGAUGUUGAUAUGGAGCCCAUUGCUGAGUCAGUGAGUGACAUGCCCAACCUGAGUCAUCUAGAUCUGACACGUAAUCGUGCAUUGGGUGGCUGUGCAUCAUUGUGGGCUCUGCAUUUGAAGAGAAUGAACCACCUGAAGGAACUGACAUUGGUAUUGUGCAAUCUGACAGAUGUUGAUAUGAAGCCCAUUGCUGAGUCAGUGAGUGACAUGCCCAACCUGAUUCAUCUAGAUCUGACAUGGAAUGGUGCAUUGGGUGGCUGUGCAUCAUCCUGGGCUCAGCAUUUGAAGCUGAUGACCAAACAUCUCAAGAAGCUCACACUAUGCGGGUUGACAUAUGAGGAUCAGGAGUACAUUAAUGCAUCAAGUGAUUUGAAUUUGACCAUAUUGGAUUUCACACCCUAA